CUCUGGUUUAUGUGAAGAACAGAAGACAAAUUAAGUCAUCAGCUCCCCUUCGUUUAGGAUGGAGGGGGAGCGAAUUUGCGCAAGAAUCUGUUUUGAUGUUUUUGAUAUGCACUGAGCAUGUAAAUGGUACUUCUGUAUGUUCACCACUGAACGUGAGAAAGACUCGUCUGUCGCCCCCCAGUGCAAAACAGGGACAACAGAAAUCGGAAAAUGCAGACGCUUCGAUGACGCACUUAACAUGCGCCAAAACCGGGAAACUGAAAUUUGAACUGUAACAGCUAGCUGGUUUAAGAAAUAACCAGCAAGAAACCUCAACGGAAUGUUGCCUUUUUGGAGUUAACGUUGGAAACUAUAAACAUCGAGUUAUGGCAACUGCUGCUAAGACUCCUGCGGGUGCGGAUCCGAAACAGCUGGAGCGCACUGGGUCAGUGCGAGAGAUUGGAUCGCAGGCCGUUUGGUCCCUGUCGUCAUGUAAACCCGGGUUUGGGGUGGAUCAACUCCGAGAUGAUAAUCUUGAGACUUACUGGCAGUCAGACGGAUCCCAGCCCCAUCUAGUCAAUAUUCAGUUCAGGAGGAAGACCACGGUGAAGAUGUUAUGCAUCUAUGCUGAUUAUAAGUCAGACGAGAGUUACACGCCCAGCAAGAUCUCUGUCCGUGUGGGCAACAACUUCCACAAUUUACAGGAGAUCAGGCAGCUGGAGAUGGUGGAGCCCAGCGGGUGGAUUCACAUCCCCUUGUGUGACGUCAUGAAGGGGCCCAUCCGGACCUUCAUGAUCCAGAUCGCAGUUCUGGCCAACCACCAGAACGGACGCGACACACACAUGCGUCAGAUCAAGGUCUACACGCCCGUGGAUGACAGCUCUGUCGGCAAGUUCCCACGAUGCACCACGGUGGAUUUCAUGAUGUACCGGACUAUCAGAUAACCUGAGCACUCACAGCAACAGGAGUAGAACUGUGGCUCUCCUUGUGCCAAUUUGUGUGUGUGUGUGUGUGUGUGUGUGUGUGUGUGUGUGUGUGUG